AUGGCAGACACGCCGACGCCAGAAAGGAUCGCGGCUGCAGGCCAAGGCGAUUCCGACGAGGCACCUGCCGACGGCACCAGCGGCUCCCGGCCGGUCCCACGGGGAAGCGCCUUCUACAGUCGACGCCGAGCCGUGAAGGCCUGCCAAGUGUGCCGGGCUCGGCGAACCAAGUGCGACAACCGGAAGCCUUCGUGUUCCUUUUGCCUAAAGGUUGGCGCAAAAUGUAUCCAGUCGCCGGUGGAUCUUUCCACAUUUGACCCGGCCAGCCUGAAGAUCCUGGAGCGGCUGGACGACCUGGAGAGGACCAUGAAGACCAUGACCGCCGGGGGAGCCGCUGGCCAGACAAGACUCCCGCCAGUGGCGGCGAAAUCGACGACGGCCACACUCAUACCCCCCCGUCCGGAGCACAUCGUGAGGUGGCAGGUCUUUGGGGACCUUCGCCAGGCCCUGGAAGGGGUUGGCCUGGCCGAGCCCGAGCCCGCCGCGCCGAGCCACCGCCAACUCUCGUCCCUGUCAUCAUCGCCAUCUUCCUCGACUCCAGUGAACGAUGUCACGACCGAGCUUGACCUGUGCCGGGUCAACCGCCUGCUCGACAACUUCUUCAACCACGUACACGUAAAAAACCCCAUCCUCGACGAGCAGGCAGCCCGGCACAUGGUCCAGUCCCUCGUCCUAAACGGCAUCGACUGGUCGGCAGAGUCGUGCCUGACGCUCCUGAUCUGCGCCCUCGGCUUCAUCGGGCGGCCGUUUGGGCCCACGCCAGACACGAUGCCCGGCACGAGCGCCUACGCAAGCGCCGAGACGCUGUUCCUCGCCGCCCAGCGCCGCAUCGGCAGCGUCUUCUGCUCCGAGGACGUCGUCGCCACGCAGUGCCUGUUCCUGUCGGGCGUCUACAUGAUGUGCGUCUUCCAGCCCGCCAAGGCCUGGCGCUUCUUCGUCCAGGCCCUCGCCUCGUGCCAGCAGCUGUGCCUCUUCCUCAGCUCGCCGGCGCCUCCCCAGUCGCCGCCCCCCGCAGUAUGCGACACGAGGCCCGGCGGCGCCGGCCACUCCCUCGAGACGCUCCAGCAGGCCACCUACUGGUCCUCGUGGAAGUCGGAGCGCGAGAUGAGGGGGUACAUCCGGCCCGCCGACUUUGCCCUCUCCGAGGAGGAAAUGGCCUUUUACCCGCCGUUUUUGCCGACGCCGCCCAACCUGCAGCCGGCGGCCCAGGAGCUCGAGUCCGCCGGCAGCAACAUCUGCCUAAGCCGGCAGACCGUCUCGUGGUACUUCUACCUGGCUGAGAUUUCGCUGCGCCGGCUCGCGUCGAACCUGCACGCCGAGAUGCGCCGGCUGUGCGAGCAGACGCCGUCGACGCAGGACACCCUCGAGGUCCUGGCCGCCGCCGUGCCGCAGUUCGAGGAGCAGGCCGAGGAAUGGAUCGCCUCGCUCCCGCCGUGCCUCUCGUUCGACAGCCCCGCCGAGCAGGACGACGUGUGCAGGUUCGUGCUGCGCGGGCACGUCAUCAACCUCUUCGAGAUGAUUUACUGGCCCUUCCUGUCGGCGCACCUCACGCGGGACCCGGCCCCGGCCCCGGUCCCGGUCCCGGCCGGCGCGGCGGAGGCGCGGGGGAUCCUGCCCUGGGCCGGCGGCGGCAACAUCAAGAGGCUGGCGCAGAGGGCGCUCGACUACCACGCGCUGAGGCUCGCCGUCAACAGGUCCGGCUACCGGCACCGCCACCACGGGACGCUGCUCAUGAUCGAGUCGUGCUCGCGGAGCGCGCUGGUCCUGGUCGCCGCCAUGCUGCGCAACAUUUCGAGCACGGCGCGCAACAGCGCCAAGGGCGCGGAUAUCUUGCCGCUGCCUAAUGGCUGGCGGGCGAGCCUCGACGAGACGAUUGACAUGCUGGCCUUUUGGGAGAGUGAGUCGCGGCAGUCGGCGGGCGUGCGGCGCGUGCUGCAGGCCGCGAGGGAGAGAGCUUUGUAA